AUGGAGCCCUCCACCACCAACUCGUCGGAGCACACGCACGUCGACUCGCACGAGAUGCAGCAGAUGCCGCCCACGUACCCCUCGCCCUCGAUGCAGCCCGAGCAAGCAACCGGCAAGACGCGGGUCAGGUUCAACAGCUCUGCCAACGUCGAAGUCCCUGCGCCCCUAGAACACGUUCAGAGCUACACUCGCAUCAGCGAAUCCGGGUCGAAUGAAAUCACCACCAACGAGCACACCACUGACGCCGAAGAGCUCUGGAAUGCAUACCACACUGGCCAACAAAGCCAUAACGCGCCGCCGGUGAGCGAAGUGGAUCCCGAGGGCGCCUACACUGUCACCGGCAACACCAACGGCGGCAUCUUCUACCAGCUCCUGCAAGCCUACAAGCAACCGGUGCGCGGUUAUACCGAUACAUCCUCCGAAGCCAGCGAGACAUCACCCACACAGAGGUCGCGACCUGGGUCUUCUUCAGGACCCAGCACCCCAUCGAAGAAGAAAUGGUACAACGCAAACAAGCCAAUGCAGUCAACAGAGACGCUGGCGACUCUCGUUGGCGCUUCAGCCAAGCUGGCAAACCCCAAGGAUGACAAGAAAGACGCCGCCAUGCGCCCGCGCCAUCACAAGCGCAGUAGCAGUGGAGGAAUCAUUGCCAAGGUGUUGAAGCCAAAGGAAGACCAGGAUGCCAAAAUCAAGAUACACGUUGCAAACAUCCUUAAGCGACAGCAGUACAUCAUCCGCAUGUGUCGCGCUCUCAUGCUCUUUGGCGCACCCACACAUCGCCUCGAAGAGUACCUUGCGACAACGGCCAAGGUCCUUGAGAUCAACUCCCAAUUCCUCUACAUCCCCGGGUGUAUGAUCAUCUCCUUCGAUGACAGCAUGACCCACACCGCUGAAGUCAAGAUCGUUCGCACCGAUCAAGGCGUCAACCUCGGCAAGCUGAAGGACACUCACGACAUCUACAAGGAGGUUUUGCACGACGUCAUCAGCUUGGACGAGGCUCUUGCCCGCUUGGACGAGGUCAUCAACGCAAAGGAUCGCCAUCCACGUUGGCUGACUGUCCUCAUGUACGGUCUUGCCAGUGCGGCAGUCUCUUGCUUCUUCAAGGCCCGCCCCAUCGACAUGCCCGUCAUCUUCGUACUCGGCAUUGUCCUCGGGCUGCUCCAGCUUGUCAUCGCUCCGCUGUCCAAGACAUACAGUACUGUCUUCGAAAUCACUGCGACUAUUCUCAUGAGCUUCCUUGCGCGGGCGUUUGGUAGCAUCAACAACGGGAACCUCUUCUGUUUCUCGGCUAUUGCACAGAGCGCCAUCGCUCUAAUCCUUCCCGGAUGGUUGGUGCUCAGCUCGGCCCUGGAGCUCCAGUCUCGUGCUAUCGUACCGGGAUCUAUCCGCCUCGUUUUUGCCAUCAUCUACUCGCUCUUUCUCGGAUACGGCAUCACUGUCGGCACAGCCAUCUAUGGUGCGAUAGACUCAAACGCCACCAACUCGACCCAGUGCCAGGAUCCAAUGAACCCAUACUGGAAUUUCCUCAUGGUCCCACUCUACGUCUUCUUCACGACCUUCACGGUACAGGCCAAGUACAAGCAGAUGCCGGCUAUGAUAACCAUCGCGUUUGCUGGCUACAUUGUCAACUUCUACGCUGGCCUGAAGUUUUCCUCAUCUGCCCCCAUCGCCUAUACAUUUGGCGCCUUCACUAUCGGCGUGUUGGCAAACUUGUACAGCCGGUUACGUCAUGGAGUCGCAGCUGCCGUCCUCCUACCCGCAGUAUACGUCCAAGUUCCGGGCUCUCUUGCGUCGAGUGGCAGUAUCAACUCUGCCCUACGAACAGCAUCAGCUCUGAUCAAGGGCGCAGAGACAUCGAUCGACACCACCACCGACAGCCUCAAUGCCAUCGUCUUCAAUGUCGCUGCGUCCAUGAUCCAGAUUGCUAUCGGCAUCACUGUCGGGUUGUUCAUGGCUGCCCUUCUGGUCUACCCCAUGGGCAAACGACGCAGCGGUCUUUGGACACUCUAA